AUGGGAGGGGGAAACCAGUCCAGUGUCUCCGAGUUCCUUCUCCAGGGGCUCUCCAGGCUGCCCCAACAGCAGCAGUUCCUCUUCAUGCUCCUGUUCCUCAGCAUGUACCUGGCUACUGUCCUGGGGAACCUGCUCAUCCUCCUGGCCAUUGGCGUGGACUCCCGCCUGCACACCCCCAUGUACUUCUUCCUCAGCAACCUGUCCUUCGUGGACAUUUGUUUCUCUUCCACCUCUGUCCCGAAAAUGCUGGUCAACCAUAUACUAGAGAGUCAGGCCAUCUCCUUCUCUGGCUGCCUUACACAGUUGUAUUUUCUCAUCGUCCUUGCCGACAUGGACAAUUUCCUCCUGGCUGUCAUGGCCUAUGACCGCUUUGUGGCCAUAUGCCACCCCUUACACUACUCCACAAAGAUGACCCACCAGCUCUGCGCCGUGAUGGUGGCCGUGUCCUGGGUCAUCGCCAUCCUCAAUGCCCUGUUGCACACCCUGCUGCUGACUCCACUCUCCUUCUGUGAGGACAACGCCAUCCCCCACUUCUUCUGUGAUGUCACCCUCCUGCUGAAACUCUCCUGCUCUGACACCCACCUCAACCAGAUGAUGAUCCUUAUCGAAGCAGGAAUAAUAAUGAUCGUUCCAUUUAUUUGCAUCUUGGUGUCAUAUAUUCUUAUCACUGGCGCUGUCCUGAGAGUCCCGUCCACAAAGGGAAAAUGGAAGGCCUUCUCCACCUGCGGCUCCCACUUGGCUGUUGUUUGCCUCUUCUAUGGCACCAUCAUAUUCCUGUAUUUCAACCCUUCAUCCUCGCACUCAGCUGAGACAGAUAUAGCAGCUGCUAUGAUGUACACCGUGGUGACCCCCAUGCUGAACCCCUUCAUCUACAGCCUUAGAAACAAGGACAUAAAAGGGGGGCUUGGCAAACUGGUUACUAUGAAAUUUAUUUUCACUCAGUAAUAAACAUGGGCUAGGAAAGUCAUCAAAGU